UUAAAGCAGUUAGAGGUUAUACUGGAGUGAUAUAGGUCUUGUAUUAAGUUUUUGUUUUGUGGUGUGUAAAUCAUUAUAAUGCCUCCAAAAAAAAAUGCUGCUGGAAAAUCGAAGGGAGGAAAUGAAGGCGAGAAGGGAGAUAGCAAUAAAAAAGGGGGGGCCGCAAUCAAAGUAAGGCACAUUCUCUGUGAAAAACAAUCCAAGGUUCUAGAGGCAAUGGACAAACUCAAAGCUGGCCAAAAAUUCAACGAAGUAGCCGCUACCUACAGUGAAGACAAAGCUCGCUCUGGUGGAGAUCUGGGCUGGAUGACUCGCGGCUCUAUGGUUGGGCCGUUUCAAGAGGCAGCUUUUGCAUUGCCCAUAUCGAGUAUUGGUACUCCAGUAUACACUGACCCACCGGUUAAAACGAAAUUUGGGUACCACAUAAUCAUGGUUGAAGGAAAAAAAUAGCAAGAUGUAAAAUAACUUCCCUGUAUACACUCAGCUUUCAAUAUUCAUAAAUAAAACUGUUUAAUUUUUCCACUUAUGAACGAA